GGAAGCGCGGCUAUUCUUCGAAAGCAAAUCCUUUCCUUGUCAAUUACUCAUACCUUAAUUCGGCCUCAUCAAUGACAGCCCAGCCUAGUGGUUCCUCUUUCCAACCAACUCGGGGGCAACCUCGCAGGGCUUCUGUCGGUGCAGGUCAAAGGCCCGACUCAUGCAGUGUCGCAGCCUCACCCAGCGCACGCCUUGACCCGCAAGACGCGAUCAACGUCAAACGAUAUCCCUCAGAUAGUGAGGGAGUGGGCGACGACGGUGGAGAUUCCGUAGAGAGCGAAGGCCCUACUCGCGAACAAGGGAGCAUCGAGGAUCAUCGAGCACACGGCAUGUGUGCCACUGCACCACUCCAAGGAGAUGAAGAGCCUUCUGACCCAAUGCAGCACGCGCAGGAGACAGAUAUCAUUCGAGAUGUGCCUCAUCUAUGGAGCGCAACUCUCACACUGAUUGACUUUUGUGCCAACCUGCCCAUGAGCGAAGAAGCAAACCAUUCGAAGGUCAUAUCAGUCACAAGAUGGGUUACAUCGAAAGGAAUUCCGCACCGUUUCUUGAUUUUGGAUGUAUUCGACAGUGCGAGGGGUCGACAUCUAUUUUUUCGGCUCGACCGACGUCGAGAUCAAAAUGAAUCAUCUAUCUCAAGUUCUCGGCCGUCUCACGCGAUUGAUGGUGUGCACACAUCAGGCAAACUUGACUGCCUCUUAGACCGGAGAAGUGUAAGAAAGGAAGCUGAACUGAAUUUGAGAAUACAAGCUUCUCUGCUAGAAGUGGGGUUGAUACUUCAAGCCGUUAUAGAUGUAUGCCCGCAGUACCGCCUGUUUCAAGAGGACUGCUGGUUCUUCGUGUCCAUUGUACAAGAAAUCUUGCAAACGAAUUAUAGUGGAGAGUAUGAAAUGGGUGGGCUUAACGAUGGCAGGCGGAAGAGAGAUGUACGAGAACGGAUUUGGCAGAGGUUGGAACAACUCAAGAGUGAUGGGAGCGAAGUGGUGGCUUCUCGGGUAUGAAUUCUGAUUUGCGAACACGGGUGUUUAUUCCUUGACCAGUUCGCUGGGAUGUUUGGUUCUAUUGGGAUGUUUUUGAACUAUGAUUUGGUUUGGCGGCUCGGACGGCUGUCUCAGUCGGCGCACAUCCACCAAACAAUUCUGUAACGACGAACUCUCCGCUACCUAGGACUCCCUUCGAUUCUCGCCCCUUGCGGCU